AUGCAAAACCAUACUAGGAACACUUUUGAGGCUCAAAAACAAAGUGACCAGACGUAUGAAAAGCGUCUUACAUUUCAAACCACGCGGAGGGCGGCGUCUUCCGAGAAUUUCCUUGGGCCGAUUCCUUGGCUCUACAACCUCGCCCCAAUUUUGCAAAAUACGACAUAUUGGAGACUCUGA